AUCAUUUCGAGAUGUGCUGGUACCUGAGUUGGAUGAUAACGACAAAAAUAACGCAGACCGAUGAGCGUACCGGUAUAUUUCUGGUUAGUUGAGAAUUGUUCAGGAUGUUUACAGCAACUAGCUGGUGCUGUUUGAAGGGAAGACGUAGUUCUUCGUCCGAGGGUACACCGUUAUUAUACUUCAGCACAUUUAAACCAGACGAAUCGAACAUUCUACAGCAACCCACCAGCGAAUUAGAAAAUGAUAACAACAUAUGGAGUAUCCCGGAUGAUUAUACGCACAUGGAGGCAGACGACGAUAGAGUAUUAUACGAACUAAUUCAGCAACAUGCUAGCUUACCACCAGGAUCGCCGCAAUGGAGUGAUGUGGAGGAAAAAAUAAAUUCGAUUCGUGCCAUUAGACAGGAAACACAGAAAAGGUGGAAAGCAGUGCUCCAGUUAUUAGGUGAGUCAUUACGUCAUAGCAAAAGGAACAGGAUUUUCGACAGGGCGAUGGCUUUUGACUGUCUUUAGUAGGCCUAAGGGUAA